CACAGCUUUGCCUCCCCAACCCACCAACCUCCGCCAUGACGCCAUGCUGGCGCCCGGGCGGCCCGGAGCCGGGCCUCAGCCGGCCCUCGCCCGCGCCGUACGGGCUGUACGGGCCGUACCGGCAGGUUUGCCACCAAGGCAGAUAGCAUGGCCUUGGGUGUCCUCUGCCCUUGUGGCCUUCUACCGUUGCGCCGCGCGGCGCGCUCACCGCACGCCCUGCGCUCGUUGCGCUGCGCGCGGAACUGCCCGCGCGUCCGAAAGUGGGCCACGGUUGCCCAGCGUGUACUCGGCAGAGGAGGUGGCAGAGGCCUGUCAGAGCCAUGGUUCCCAGGUCUUCCAGCGGUUCCUGCAGGUUUUCGCCCGCUUCAGCGGCUGGGCCACGCGCGCGUGGGCGCAGUGGGGCAGCCGGCGGAGCGCGGAGGAGCAGCUGGCACAGGAGCUCAGAGAAGCUUUGGUGGAGCUGGGGCCCAGUUUUGUGAAGGUUGGGCAGAUGCUCUCCAGUCGUGUGGACUUGCUACCGCCAGCGUAUGUGGAGGAGCUGGGACGCCUCACGGACCGCGUGGCACCCUUCCCCAAAGAGGAAGCCGAAGCAAUCCUCAAAGAGGCUUGGCCAGAUCGCGCCCUGGAGGCCCUGCCGUCGCAGCCAGUAGCUGCAGCUUCUUUGGGGCAGGUUUACUGCCUCGACCUGGAGCAACAUGGCUGCGUGGCCGUGAAGGUACAGAGGCCUGGCAUUCGAGGGCAGAUUUGCGUCGACCUGUACAUCCUCCGCCACUUGGCCGGAUGGGUCCAACGCUUCUUCCAACUCAAUACCGAUCUUCCUGCGUUGGUGGACGAGUAUGGGGCACGCUUAGUGGAUGAGCUCGACUUCACACGAGAGGCCGAGCGCUCCGUUGCCUUCUCCCGCUUCGCCAGCAAGCUCUCCUUGGGUUCCGUCACCACGGCACGGCCCGUCCCAGAGCUGACCACGUCUUCAGUCCUGGUCACCGAAUGGGUGCAGGGCGAACGCUUGGAGCUCACGGCCGCUCGCGACCUGGAGGAGGCCCAGCGGCUCCAAGCCGUGGCCAUGACCUGCUAUCUGGCCAUGUUGCUGGAGCUCGGAUCACUUCAUGCGGACCCACAUUGGGGAAACCUCUUGCGAAGAGAGGAUGGGGUGCUGGUCAUCAUCGACUGGGGGCUCGUGGCGGACAUCGACGAUGGCCUCCGGAGGCAGAUCCUCCGCUACGUGGCCAACAUUUUGUCAAACGACUACGACGCCAUCCCUGCCGACUUGGUGGCCAUGGGUUUCAUUGCCCCUCGUGGGCUUAUGGCCAUGGAGGAAAAGCAGGUGGCUCGCUCCAUCAGUGACGUCUUCCAAAGCUUGGCUGCAGGUGGUACAGCCCAACAGCGAAUCGCGGACGUUCUGCCUGCGUUGGCGGAGAUCAAGCAGCAACACGGGAGCAUUGGGCAGAUCCCAGCGCCCUUCGUGUACAUCUUGCGGUGCUUCAGCAUUCUGGAGGGGCAUGGACUCCGCUUGGAUCGCAACUACCGCAUCGUGGAGGAUUGCUACCCGUAUUUGGCCAACUGGGCCCUCCGGGCCAAAGCCUCGGAGGCUCCCCUCAUCCGAAGCGUCUUGUAUGGGCCGAGAGUGCAAGGGGCGGUGGCGGUGCCAGAUGUGAACCAGGUGCUGCGGCUACUUCGGGGCUUGCCACGCUUGCAGGAUUUGCAGGAGGCUUCUGAAGGAGGCCAACUGGCAGAGGAGCUCCGGACAUCGCUGAGGAGCCUGCGACGAGCUCGGGCCUUGCAAGAGGUCUUGCUACAUGAGGCUGCACGAACACUGGAUGUGCUUGGCCGCGAGGUGGCGGAGGCCUCCCUUGGCCCAGUGUUGGCCACCUUGGGCUUCGAGCGGAACGAGGAGGACGAAGCGGUGCUGGGGGCGUUGAAGGCCAUGCAGAACGCACUGCAAGAAGAACUGGUGGCCGGAGAGGCGCGGAUCAAACGACGAGCAGUGGGGAAGACACCAAACCGAUGUGAAUAAAUACUGUAAGUAUCUGUAAGUAAUUAUUUAGUAGAUAGGGAGGGGAGAGAUUUGUGUCACAACCCCCUUGAGAUGUGUUUGAGGUCCACGGCUUUGGGUCCAAGAAGCGCAUUUUUGAGACUGCACUGAUGCUGGUCUUGGGAUUUGAGUGCUGGGCCAUCCUAAAGGAGAUGCAAACUGGCCAGUGGUAGGUUUUGCGUGCCUUGCGCUUAUGAUGACUCGAUAGAGUGUGUUUAUGAUUGUUUAUGCAUUAACAAAUCGUCAGUAAAAUCCCACUCUAAUUGACCGUGGGGUUCAAUGUAGGGUAGCGAAAAGUUUCAGUGGGGUUCUGUUCAAAUUGCCCAUGUUUUUUUUGUGCUGCAGAUAUGCUGAACGAAGCAAUUUCAGCGAUUCACGUCAUUGAAGCGGAUCACAGAAUAGAACUUGGAGAAGUCACACCCACGAGGUUUGGCUGCCAGCUGAACAGCGAGGAGCAUAAACCAAAAGGUGAACUGGGACCCAAACAGAAACCUGCCACUAAGCAGGUUGAGAUCUUGUUGCCACCUCCGCGGUAGCCUCGAGGGCCUCGAUGCUUCCGCGGAAGCCGCGGCUGCCGCCCGCUACUAUCGCCCUUGCGGCCAUCAUAUACACAACAAUUGUUGAGCGACAUCUUGCCUGAAGGAGCACAGAUGACGGCACACCAAUUGCUGAUCUCGGACGUGACGAAAAAGAGUCACAUCUUUUUAAAGGAGCAGCAGACCCCAACAAGGCUGCUGCAAGAAGCCCAUGAGCUGCAUGUGAUCGGGCCCGGGUGCCUGGGGCCCAGGGGACGACAAUGCCACUUUGCCGUGUGUUUAUAAGUUUAUUGAAUCUGUGGCAACCCUUUGGUUUUGACCAGCAUUGUGAUUUAACAUGAUUUAUAUAACACCCUCCACGUAUUUUGGGUGAGUAGCGAUGUGAGGGAAUGGGCUGGGUUCAGAAAUGCAAGUUGUGCCCAGACGCCAAGCUGCUGCAACGGGCCAGCUUGGGGAAAGAGCCAAUUCUUGAAAGAAGGCUGAAGAACUCAUCCGGAGCCCCUUUCGCAGGUUUGUGCAGAGCCUUUUGAGACGAAUGGGCACAAGGCUAAACGCUCGUCAAGGCCUCUUUGAGAGUGCUGAUGUGGCCCGAGUGCUUUGGGAGGCGAGACCCUUCGCUAUGGCUCUGCAGAUGCGUUUGAUGGCCAUGCUG